CACACAUCAUACCGAUUAUCAUGGUGGUGAAAAAGUGACGGCAAACCGUCGAUCAACGCCGUACGCCCUUCCUUCCCUUUCUAACAGUCCAUUCCCCUGAGAAAGACUGACAGCAAUCCCCUCAUUCCCUUACCUUCCCUUGCUAACUUACGCAUUCCUCCAUAUUUAAAACUUAAAAAGACUGCUUGCUCCUAUGGCUUCCACAAGCCUCUGCCCUCUACUCUCUCCACUUCUCCUCCUCCUCCAACCACUAAGGGUGACGAACCAACAAUCAUGUUGGAGACUAGUGGAGUAUGGGCCUUGUUGUUUCAGAUGCUACUCAUUUCUAUUGUUUUCUUGAGUUCGGUGGACAACGGGAGUGCAGGGAUUACCAGUACUUUUAUUCGUUCUGAUUGGCCAUCUAUUGACAUCCCUCUUGACAGUGAAGUAUUUGCAGUUCCAAAGGGUUACAAUGCACCACAACAAGUGCAUAUUACCCAAGGUGAUUAUGAUGGAAAGGCUGUAAUAAUUUCAUGGGUGACUCCUAAAGAGACUGGGUCCGGUAAUGUGCAAUAUGGAACAUCAGAAGAACAAUAUGAAUUUAAUGCUGAGGGGACAGUGACAAACUACACUUUUUACCAUUACAAAUCUGGCUACAUUCAUCACUGUCUUGUUGAUGGCCUUGAGCACAACACCACGUACUACUACAAGAUUGGGUCUGGUGAUUCUUCUCGGAAAUUUUGGUUUCAGACGCCUCCAGAAAUUCACCCAGAUGCUUCUUAUACUUUUGGAAUCAUAGGUGAUUUGGGCCAAACAUAUAAUUCUCUCUCUACCGUUGAGCAUUACAUGCAGAGUGGAGCACAGGCUGUUUUAUUUGUUGGAGAUCUGUCUUAUGCUGAUGAUUGUGAGUAUAACGAUGUUGGCAUCCGGUGGGAUUCAUGGGGCCGCUUUAUUGAGCGCAGUGUUGCAUAUCAGCCAUGGAUUUGGUCAGUCGGAAAUCAUGAAAUAGAGUAUAUGCCUGAAAUGGGAGAAGUAGUUCCUUUCAAACAAUAUCUACAUAGAUAUGAAACACCAUAUGUGGCCUCCAAAAGCAGUAAUCCACUUUGGUAUGCCAUUCGGCGUGCAUCUGCUCAUAUCAUCAUUCUAUCAAGCUAUUCGGCUUUUGUGAAAUACACACCUCAGUGGACGUGGCUGAAAGAAGAGCUAACAAGAGUAGACAGAGAGAAGACGCCAUGGCUUAUUGUCCUUAUGCAUGUACCAAUCUAUAACAGUAAUGAAGCCCACUUCAUGGAGGGUGAAGCUAUGCAAGCAGUAUUUGAGAGUUGGUUUGUCCAUUACAAAGUUGAUCUCAUCUUUGCUGGCCAUGUCCAUGCCUAUGAAAGAUCGUACCGCAUCUCUAAUAUAUUCUACAAUGAUUCAAGUUGUGACCCUUAUCCUAUACCUGACAAAUCAGCUCCUGUAUAUAUAACUGUUGGAGAUGGAGGAAAUAAGGAAGGUCUUGCUUCAAGUUUUACGGAACCACAACCAGAUUAUUCUGCAUUCAGAGAAGCCAGUUAUGGACAUUCCACACUGGAGUUGAAGAACAGAACACAUGCAUUCUACCAUUGGAACCGCAAUGAUGAUGGGGAAAAAGUGGCAACUGACACUGUUGUAUUCCACAAUCAAUACUGGGCAAGCAAUCUCCAGAUGAGACUGAAGAAAAGCCAUCUCAGGACUGCCGAUGGUAGCAUUGCAUAUUAUUGAUGGAAUUUAGAUGGCAGUGCUUCUAAGAAAUAGUUAUGUAUAUAAGGAGAGGUUAUGUAGUUGCUGAAACUAAUUGUAUUAGCUUCAUCAAUUAAUAAAACUCUUAUAGUUAUUGUAGU